CUCAAACUUCCUGAUUUCGCUCUUGUGGUCAGUCAGCCGGAGUUAUGAGGCUUUCAAUGUAAACUUGAUGGAACUUUAGAGGAGUUGAGCUUAAUGGAAUUGGCUUUAACUCCGUCUCCUUGCGGCCUUUGGACUCUAUGAUUCGACGGAAACCGGCAGCUUUCACUUGUUCGCCAGCAUAUCCUGAAGCAUGGAGGAUCCCAACAGGCCCCAGAGGGCAAUGUCAACAACAGGAGAGUCAUUGUACAAACUGCUGAACCUGGAGAAAGGAGCCUCACCUGAGGAAAUCAAACGAGCUUACAGGAAGUUGGCACUGAAGUAUCACCCUGACAAGAACCCAGAUAAUCCAGAAGCUGCAGAGAAAUUCAAGGACAUCAACAAUGCAAACUCAAUCCUCAAUGAUGAGAACAAGCGGAAAAUCUAUGACGAGUAUGGAUCCAUGGGCCUCUACGUGGCCGAGCAGUUUGGGGAAGACAUGGUCAAAUAUUAUUUCCUCAUGUCCAAGUGUUGGUUUAAGGCCCUGGUGGCGUGUCUUGGGAUUUUCACCUGCUGCUGCUGCUGCUGCUGCUGCUGUUUCUGCUGUGGGAAAUGCAAAGCAGCAGAAGAGGAGGAUCACUUUGAGUACAUGGACCCCGACGACCUGGAGGCGGAGAUCAGAGCACAUGAACGCGAUGGAGCAGGAGACCGCGUAAUAAUUAUUCAGCCCAACUCCACUGCUGCCACUGAAACCUCAGGUGAGAACGCGCCGAUCGUGAUCCAGCCUCACGAAGCCAACGGCACGUCGGGACCGGAAGCCGCCCAGAUGUCCGGCGAAAAGUAAACAGCUGGAGGAGGAGGAGGAGCGAGCGGUUCCCGUGGCUCGUCCAGGACCGCGUCGUAAUGCCGGGUCUUCCUCAGUCGCCUGCGCCGGCGGCAGCUGUAUCCACGACGAGUGUAAAAUGCAGAUUCUGCAUCUUGGGCGUGCAGAAAACGUGGCGCAUUUGUUUACACGAGUCAAGAUUUGAUCCUGCCAUGCACUCUAAAGAGCCAAGGCCGCGUCUUUUACCCCGUAUUUAUUCUUCAGAAACCUCUUUCGAAUGACGAAGCCUCGCAGAUCAAAACCUCUAAUUUGUUGCUGAAAAAUCUUUUUCUCCAUGUGCACUUUAAAAAAAAAAAAAAAAAAAAAAAAAAACUGCCACGAUGGUCUGAGACAGCCUGAACUCAAGGUUCAGAAUAUAUUUUAA